AUGGCGGUCCCAGACGAACCUAUGCCAUCUUCAGACUCCACGAUGACAUUGACUGAGAACCAAAGAGACUCCAUGAUGACAUUGGUUGAAACCCAAAACCCAAAGGAUGCAUCCCCGGAGGAGUUCAAAGCAGACUGGAGGCUGAAGAGCAUAUUUGCUGUCAUCGGUCUACUGAACUUUGUGGUUGCUGUCGAUGCUACAUCUGUAUCUGUUGCACUACCAACAAUCUCCUCCGACUUUGGCGGAACAGCAACCGAAGCCUUUUGGGCUGGAACCUCCUUUCUCGUCGCGUCUUGUGUCUUUCAGCCCUUGAUAUCCCUACUGUCUGAUAUUUUCGGCCGUAAAAGCAUUAUUCUGCUCGCCGUCUUAAGCUUCACCCUCGGAGCCAUCCUUGCCGCCAUCUCUCAUGGAUGGACACUCAUGCUUGUUGGUCGAUGCAUUCAAGGUGUCGGGGGAGGAGGUAUUUAUACCUUGACUGAAAUCCUCAUUGCCGACUUGAUCCCACUACGAGAGCGUGGAAAGUGGUUCAGUAUCAAAUCUGGCUCACAGGCACUGGGAACAAUCGUCGGUCCUCUAAUUGGAGGUGCAUUUACAGAAUCCUCUGCCUCGUGGAGAUGGCUUUUCUGGUUCAAUAUCCCCUUCACAGGUCUGGGCCUAGCCCUCAUUCCAGUUUUCUUCCAUCUUGAAAGAGCUCCUGUUUCUGUACGGGAAAGCUUGGCGAAGGUGGACUAUUUUGGAUGUGUCAUUUCCAUCGCGUCGCUUACUUCUUUCCUCAUUCCUAUCACUUGGGGCGGUAGCAUGUACUCGUGGGACUCAUGGCAUACACUCGUCCCAUUGAUUCUUGGAAUCGCUGGAAUGAUCGGCUUCGUCGUGUAUGAAGCUUAUUUUCCUACUCAGCCGUUGAUCCCAACUUAUCUCUUCAACAACCUCACUAUUUGUCUAAGUUACCUCGGUAUCUUCCUCCACGGUCUCGUCUUAUGGGCCUUGGUCUACUACCUCCCCCUCUAUUACGAAGGCGUCCUAGCAUACAGCCCCGUCGUUUCAGGCUUGGCUCUAUUCCCUGAAUGCCUGACUAUCGCUCCACUUGCUGUUGUCACGGGCAUUAUCAUCACAAAAUAUGGGGAUUACCGCUGGGCACUAUGGGCAGGAUGGCCCUUGGCAGUCUUGGGUCUCGGAAUCAUACAUCUAUUGGGGCCACAUACGAGUGUUCCCAAGUGGAUCUUCUUGAACCUCCCUAUCGGAAUCGCAUGUGGUGUACUCUUCCCAUCAGUACAACUUCCCGUUCAAGCCGCCGUAAACCCGGAAUACAUCACUAUCGCUGUGACUAUGACACCGUUCUUCCGGACACUGGGGCAGUCUGUGGGCGUUGCUAUUGGAGGUGUGGUCUUCCAGAAUCGCAUCAGAAAACAGCUCAGUAAUGACCCUAGUCUGGGAGCUGUGGCUGAUAAGUAUGCAUCGGAUGCUUCUAGUCUGGUGGAGUUUAUUAAGACUCUACCAGCAGGAAGCUCUGAGCGUACGACGCUCAUCGCAAUGUAUGCAAAGUCUUUGGGUGUUGUCUGGGCUGUUAUGUGUGGCAUUGCUGCUGUGGGACUUUUGACUAGCAUCUUCAUCAAGAAGUACUCCUUGAACCAGGAACUGACGUCGAAGCAACGUGUGAGGAGGUCAAAGGCUGAUCUUGAGUCUGUGCAGGUUCCUGUGGAACCUAAGAAUGAAGAGAGUUAUGCCCGGGUGGAAGUGAGUGAUUAA